AAGGUUGCCUUUUUGUCUUGAUUUGUUGCUGUUGAAGAUAAGCGACAAAGAGAGCACUAACUCUGAAUGGAGGACGGCUUCCAUAGAAGCAAGUUCAAGAAGGUCUGUGUCUUCUGCGGCAGCAACUCCGGCAACAGACAAAUCUUCACCGAUGCCGCGGUUGAUCUGGGUCAUGAACUGGUCAAGAGAAAGAUAGAUUUGAUUUACGGUGGGGCUAAUGUUGGACUGAUGGGCAUAAUUUCUCAGAGAGUGUAUGAUGGAGGCUGCCGUGUCCUUGGGAUCAUUCCAAAAGCUCUCAUACCUGUUGAGAUAUCUGGAGAAUCAGUCGGUGAAGUGAGAAUAGUUUCAGAUAUGCACGAGCGUAAAGCUGCAAUGGCUCGUGAGGCUGAAGCUUUUAUUGCUCUCCCAGGAGGAUAUGGAACCAUGGAAGAGCUGUUGGAGAUAAUAACUUGGGCCCAACUUGGAAUUCAUAAAAAACCGGUUGGUCUACUGAAUGUUGAUGGUUACUAUAAUUGUUUGCUUGCAUUAUUCGACAAUGGAGUUAAAGAAGGCUUUAUCAGGCCUUGUGCUCGGAAUAUAGUUGUUUCAGCUUCAACGGCCAAAGAACUUGUGAUGAAGAUGGAGCAUUACACUCCUUCGCAUGACCAUGUCGCUACUUAUGAGAGCUGGCAGAAGGCAGAUGGAGCAAAGCAACAAAAUAAUGCCAAGGACAAGAAAAUGCAGAAUGAGACUUUCAUCGCUCGCAUGCCCUUCUCCUGAACUGAUUCUGGAUGUGAUUCUUCUUCAUUAGAGCUGUGUGCUAGAGCCUGUGUAGAGUGGGGUCUUCUAUGUUUGUCCACAACUGGAAACCAUGGCUGCUCACUGUGAGUGGAGUGCUAGCUUAUGUGCUUGGUUGCUUUGCAUCAUUUUUUGUUUUUAAAUAAAUGGACAGUCGAACCACUGUUUGGGAGUCAUAUCUCCGGUUGUUUCCACUUAUUUACUACCAAAAUGUAAAGAGAUGACAAGCACUUCCUGAGCAGAAUCUUACUUGUUCGUAGUGGGGUGUGGCCAUGGCUCCACUAUGUAGUGGCUUACUUGGAAAACAUAGUUUAAUCAAGGACGACCUAGA